GCCACUGGGCUGCCUUAGUGGCCGCGAAGUCCCAGCUUUCACCAGCCCUGCUGUCAUCUCCGGUGGGGGCACAGCCCCAGCAAGGCCAGCACGAGCGAUGAGCAUCUGGUGGGUGGUGUUGGUGGUCAGCAUCGGCACAGAGCCAGUGCUGGGCCAGGAGAGCUGCGGGCAGGGCCACCCCGGCGUCCCUGGGAGUCCUGGCCACAAUGGCUUGCCUGGAAGAGACGGGCGAGAUGGAGUGAAGGGUGACAAAGGGGAUACAGGUGACAUUGGACUACGGGGCAGGCCGGGAGCAGAUGGGCUGGCUGGACAGAAAGGAGAGCCAGGAGCUGCCGGGAAGGUUGAAGAGAAGGGCAACAAAGGGGAGCCGGGCCAGAGGGGAUGGCCGGGGAAGUUCGGCCCCAAGGGACUCGUGGGGCCGGUGGGUGACAGGGGUCAGAAAGGGGAGCUUGGGCUGCAGGGCCACAAGGGGGUCAAGGGUGACGUGGGGCCCGUGGGGCCCUCGGGGCCCCGGGGGGAGGCAGGCCCCCGGGGGGACGUGGGCCUGCCAGGGGCUGUGGGGCUUGUGGGCCCACCGGGCCCCAGAGGGGGUGAGGGAUCCCCAGGUCCCACCGGCAUCCAGGGCCUCCAAGGUGUGCGGGGCUGGAAAGGUGAGCGGGGGGAGAAGGGGCGGGUGGGCGAUGCCCCCGAACUGAUGAAAAGCGCCUUCACCGUGGGGUUGACCGUGGCCACCAAGUUCCCCCCUUCCAACGCGCCGGUCAGGUUCGACAGAGUCCUGUACAACGGGCUAAACGACUACAACCCGACCACUGGGAAAUUCACCUGCACGUUCCCCGGCGUGUACUACUUCACGUACCACAUCACCGUGUACUCACGGAACGUGAAGGUGUCCCUGGUGAGGAACGGGGCCAGCGUGCUGCACACCAAGGACAGCUACCAGGGCUCCGAGGACCAGGCCUCUGGCGGGACCGUCCUGGAACUCAAGGCCGGGGACCAGGUUUGGGUGCAGGUGGCCGGCGGGGAGACCUUCAAUGGCCUGUUUGCCGACCUCGACGACGACACCACGUUCACAGGAUUCCUCCUGUUCAGCUAUUAACCCUCCCACACCUUGGGGGUCGCCUCCCGGCUGACGUAUCCACCCGGAAUGGGGAAUCCGUGGCUUGGCAACCCUGGCUUCCAUGAAAAAUCGGGGCCGAGGGGAAGA